GGAAUUUCUGGCACUAGUAAUCCGAGCCCCCACUUACAUCACCAUGUCUGAGGUAUGUUUCACUGCCGUUUCGGCCAUGUUUCAGGCGCCGCUGCCCAAACCGCUGUCUGCUGUUUUUUCUCCUGGCCUGGCAAGACCAAUGGCUUAUUAGGCUAUAUGGAUCGGAGGACUCCUGGUCAUAUAGCGAAGGAAAAAUCUGUUCAUCUUGUCUUCUGUCUAUCCUUGAAGUGAUCGAAAGCUCUUUACAAUUAUUUUCACGAAAAUUAGCGAAAGUACACAGGGCAAUGUGAUCUAUACCAUUACAUUUUAUCAGAGCUUCUUCAUAUCCACACACAAGAGAUCAUGUUGGAAUUGGUCCAAAGAAACAGGAAGAUUUUUGUUAGCCGCAUCUGUUCGAGGACAGAAAAUAAAGGGAAUUCAUAUUCCCACAUUUACCAAUCAACGCUACUAACAUUACAGGUCAAAAGAACUAUUCGUAUCACAACGAACCAGCACAUCAUGAAGGAUGUGCCCGCGGUGGAAAACUAUCCAAUGAGGCAGUGGUCUAUCGAAAUCACCAUGCUCAACGACCAGGGCGCCGUGAUUCCAGCCACUAUCCUAGAUAAGGUUACGUAUACUUUGCACCCGACAUUCGCCAACCCGAUCCGUGCCUUGAAACAGCCGCCUUUCAAGGUGGAGGAACAAGGGUGGGGAGAAUUUGAUAUCCCCAUUGCCGUCCAUUUGGUGGGUAUUCCAGGGAAGCAGGGCGAGAGAAAAUUCAACCACGACUUGAACUUCUUGCAGGAGACUUAUACCGUAGACCACGUGAUCCUGGUGCCUUUGAAAAACGCCCAGUUGAACAAGCUCUUGGCCGAGUCUGGGCCUGUGCCUUUGGAGGGCGAUGCCAAGCGCAAGUCGGACGCCGAAGUCCUGUCAAAACUGAAGAAAUUGAAGAGUACCUCCAGUGCCACGAAAGGCUCUGUGGACUUGGAAAAGCUUGCUAAAGGUUUGACUUUAUUGAGUGAGGAUGACUUGAUCACCAUUGUGCAAAUGGUCACGGACAACCGUACCAGCGAUAUGAACAUCAAAAACGACUUUGAAAACGGCGAGUUCACCAUGGACUUGUACACUUUGCCCGAGCUGUUGUUGAAAAGCUUAUGGGAAUAUGUACAGAGACACACGACCAGUACAUAAACAAGUGCUGGAAGUUACCUCGGCAAGGCUCCAAGGGGCGCUAUUUCUCUGAAUAAAAUUUCAAAAGUAUAAUAUACAAGUUUUAAUGGAAAAAUAUCGAGCCUGCCAGUUCUAGAGUCUCAUUGACCCGACUGGCAUCAUGAGCGUUUUGCUACUCUGAUGGUGGCACGACGUGUUUCCCAUUAUGAUCUGAAAACGCACUUUAGGAAAUUUUUAUUGAGUUGUUUUUGGUAAAAACAAGUCUGCUGCUCUAGUAUCAUGUGGAAAAUCAGCUCCUUAGCUUUCAAAAUCCAAGAUGCAAGGUAUCUCAUUCUUCUUUGUAAUUUUUUCUUUCUAUGAAGCUACAUGAGCCAUUUUUCUGUUGACAUCAUUCAACAGUUCCGCAGAUACUGAGUUGGAUGUAAUACCAGACAGUUCGUCUGAAAUUUGAUAUUAAUCUUGUGUAGAAAAAUGUGUUUUCUACCGCUUGCG